GAUGGCGCUACGAUACCAGCACCCCUUCUCUUGCAGAACUGUCAAAUCGAGAAACGUUGUUUGUAUACGAAAGUUUUAUCAGUUCGCAGCCACACAAAGUACGAUCCGGGGAUUUUGAACAAGUGAACAAGAUCAGGAUGAAUCGUACAAUGGAUGAGAAGGAAGAAUUGGUCAAGAAGUCCUUAUUUAGUUUCGUCAGAAAGGAAGUACCCACUGCCCAAUUAAGUUUAAUAGAUGAUAUCGUCUUGAGCUAUGUGGUUAGUAUGGUAGAAAGAAGUGCACUUGAGGAAGACUUGGAUGUAGAUGAAUUAUGUGAAAUGGUAUCUGCUUGUCUUCCUGAAUUUUCUACUAUCAAAAAAGAAGCAGUGUCCAAAUGGCUGUUGGAUGUAGAAAGUAAAUUACGGCAAGAGACUAAAGAAAAUGAAAAUUGCCAACCUCAAGAUCCUUUGAGUCACCUUAGCUUAUCAGCUCUGUUACCUCAGAGUAAUCAGAGAAUGAGAGUCCAUCAUCUCUCAGAAACAAGUGAUGCUGGAAGCGAUUCCAGUGGAGAAUAUUUCUCAGAAGAAUCAUCGUGGAAUCAAGUAGCAUUACUGCAAGAGAUGUUUCCAGCUGCGAGUCCAGCAGAAGCUAGACAUUGCUUGGCAGUAGCUGGAGGUGAUUUAGCAAAGGCAGCACAACUUGCUCUCCAUAGACAGGAAGCAGGACAGAGUAUCGUUAGUAAUCUUACAUUUUUAACUGAAAUCAUUGUGCCACCGAAUCUGCCGCUGAUCUUGAAGGAAUUUUGUAAGGCGGCUAUUCGAACGCAACCGUACGAUCUGCUCAAGUGGUCCAGUUCGUAUUUCCGAGCUCUAGCUAACGGGGAGGAACCACCAACGAAAUUAAGAUUGGAAUAUCCACCUCCGAGUACAGCUUCCGGUUUGACCCUCGGUUUCCUCAGGAUUUUACUUCGACAGUUUGGUGAUUAUAACAAAUCGUUACCAGUGGAAACAAUUUUACGAGGAUGGGACUGCUUGUGCCUCGAUCGUCGGGAUUUGAACCUGAUCCUGAUGAUCGGAAAAUUUCGACGAAAGUGUCAAGUGAAAAAGUUUCUGGCGAUCGCUGUGGGACUUCUAGGCUCCAGUCUCUUCGAAACUAUGGUCAUGAUCUGCGAACUGUUCACUCGUGAACCCGAAGGCGGGUCUGCUAUGGUUCCUGUCACAUUCUUUCUGGAGAUAUACGGAUAUCUAGCAGGGCUUCGUUGCGACGGAAGUGAAAGAGAUCCCGCGGAAGAUCCGACAGAAUUCAUUGUGUGCGAUUCCGAGUUUUUGAUAAAUCAAGAAUCGAACGAAGAAAGGUCUUUUCUAGAUCGUGUUUGUUCGGUCGCGAGUCAGGACACGGAAGCUGAUGUGAAUUUAGACUUGGAAUUGGUAUCCAAAGAAGACGUCGAUUCUUCACGAACCGACACAACCACGCAAUUAAGCAAUAGUUAUACUGGACGGAAGAAAAUGGUCGGGAAUGAAGCGAAGCAAGAAUCUUCCAGUGAAGGAACUUUAAAAGUGGAAACAAAUUUCGCCCCCAAUAUUUCAAUUACUAACAGAUCUUUAUCCAAUGGUGAAAAAAGAGAAAAUGCGUCUGGGAAAAGUGUAACCAGCAGUAGUACUUCGGAAGAUAGUUGUAGCAAAAAGCAAAGCGUUCGAAGCAAAGAUAAUAAAGUUGGAAAUGAAAGAAGGCGGAAGAAGACAGUAGACCCGGCAUUGCUCAAGUAUUAUCCAAAUGUUCCUGGGAUUGGACCUCGCCUGUCGGCCGAAGAAGUAGCAAGUGUCGCUAUAUGGCUGAGUGAAUGCGCGCGAGUACAAGAAGGCAUGGUUGGCCCACGAAACCUACGGCACAUGAACUGCCCUCCUUUAGAUAGGCAACAAUUGUCGGACUCAUGACAAAGCACGCGAGAUAUAUGAGUUUACAAAUGUUUUUAAAACAUAUUCACACAAACAUGUAAUUGAACAUAGCACAUAGCACUGAUGAAUGAAGCAAUUGCGAACAUUCUAUUUUAGAAAAAUUAAGAAUUAGGUAUCUUAAGGAUGUAUUGGCUAUACAGUCAAUCCCAACAGUUUAUGCAC